AUGUCCAGUCCUCCACCGAGUUCUUCCCACCCACCGCCGCCGCACUCCGAAGUCCCCACCGUUCUCUCCCCUGCGGAGAUCACCGCAUCCCUCCGUGAUAUCACCACUGCUGUCCAGGAGAUCUGCCUCUUCCUGGCCGGUCCCUACGGGCCGCCGCCAUGGCAGCCGACGCACCAGGCGGCCUCCGCCGCGAUCGCCGGGCCGCUGCAGCCGACGUUGCUGCUGUCGUCGCCGCCACCCGACGCCGGGCUGCUGCAAUCCCCGCUGCCGCUGUCCACCAUCUCCGGGCCGGGCCCUACCUCGGCGCCAGGGGUCCCUCUUCUCCAGCAGCCGGCCGCCUUCUUCCCCACCGGGACGCUGCAGCAGCAACAUCAGCUGCCGCUGCUGCAGCUGCUAUCCUCACCGACGCUAUCCCUGCCGUUCGGUGGGCAGCUGCAACAGCAGCAGCAGCUGCCAUCGCCACCAACACCGCAGCAGCGGCUGCUGCCGGCACCGACGCCGUCCCUACCUUUCGGCGGUGUGGGAGCGACCUUGGCCCCGGGCUCUACAUCGCCACCGCCCGGGAUGCCCUUCCACCAGCACCAGUCAAAGUGA